AUGACGCAUGAACGACAGCCCUUGUUGGGCGCAACUAGUGAUGCCCCUGUUCACCAGAGAAAACAUCUCACCUGGAUGAGCGCAUACAUUCUGGUGGUCUCACGGGUUAUCGGCAGCGGCAUCUUCGCAACACCCGGUACCAUUGUCAAAUCCGCCGGCAGCGUCGGAUUGUCGCUGUCAAUAUGGGUGGUCGGGACCAUUCUGGCUGCCUGCUCGUUGGCCGUGUCGAUGGAAUAUGGCUGCAUGCUGCCUCGAUCAGGCGGAGAAAAGGUGUAUUUGGAAUAUACCUAUCCGCGUCCUCGGUUUCUGGCAUCGACCAUGGUGGCAGUGCAGGCAGUGGUUCUCGGCUUCACUGCGAGUAACUGUAUUGUAUUCGCCAAGUAUACCUUUUUCGCCUUUAAUGUGGUGCCGACGGAGUUUCAGCACAAAGUGUUGGCAGUGGGAUUGAUGACGGCUGUGACGAUCGUGCAUGGCUGCUUUUUACGGACAGGCAUCUGGAUUCAGAAUGCACUGGGAUGGGUCAAGAUUUUCCUGAUCGGGGUGAUUUCUUUGACAGGCAUCUGGGUCAUUCUGUUGCAUCCGUAUGGUUCCGAUGCCCCGGCAACCAGUGUGUUUUCGUGGGAUACCUUGUGGGAGGAUUCCAAUUGGAGCUGGAAUCUGUUGUCGACGUCGUUGCUCAAGGUGUUUUACUCGUAUGCUGGGUUGAACAACGUGAACAAUGUGCUCAGCGAGGUGGACAAUCCGGUGCGAACGGUGCUGACAGUUUGUCCGGCAGCGCUACUCACGGCGGGAGCUCUAUACUUUCUUGCCAACAUUUCAUACUUCUUGAUCGUUCCGUUGGAGGAUAUCAAGAACAGCGGAGAGUUGGUGGCAGGGUUACUCUUUGAGCGGCUGUUUGGCAACGUCGGACGGACUCUGUUUCCGCUAGCCAUAGCCAUUUCGGCAGCUGGGAAUGUCAUGGUGGUGACUUAUGCACUGGCCCGGGUGAAUCAAGAAAUCGCCCGCCAGGGCUUUCUGCCGUGGUCCCGGCUUCUGUCAUCUUCGAAACCAUUUGGCGCGCCAUUAGGGGGAUUGAUCGUGCAUUACAUUCCCUCGUUGCUGGUCAUCGCCUUGCCACCACAAGGAGAUGUGUACAACUUCAUUCUCGACGUCGAAGGCUACCCCGGACAGGUAUUCAGCUUGGCAGUUGCAGGCGGCCUGUUGCUUCUACGAUACCGCGAACCGUCUCUUCCGCGGCCAUUCAAAGCCUGGCUACCAGCUGUAUGGCUACGCGUGGUAAUCUGCGUGACCUUGCUGGCAGCUCCAUUCUUCCCUCCAGCAGACGGGAAGAGCGACGUGAAUUUCUUCUACGCGACAUAUGCCAUUGUCGGGAUGGGAGUGAUCGUGUUUGGCGUUCUCUACUGGUAUGUAUGGACGGUGCUACUACCACGCUGGGGGGGCUAUCAAUUGGAGGAAGAAGAGGAGGUGUUGGAUGACGGGACUCCGAUUACCAAGCUUGUGCGAUCAUCCUUGUAG